UGCUGAUGAGGUCCUUUUGGAAAGCUGCAACAAACAGGACUUCAGGCAAAAGGCGACAGAGUCCCGCCAAGAGGUCGUCCACAGGGAGCCAGGGGAUGCUGUCAAGAAGUUACCGCUUCUCUGGGGACGGCGAAGAGAGCGACUCUCGGGAGGAAGACGGGACUCCGCGCUCCGUACAUCGCCAGGCUGGGCCGGCAGAAGACAUGGAGGACGACCCGGAUUCAGACGACGUCUUCACGGUCAGAGAGGCUCGGUCGCGCCGCCAUAGCAGCAAGAGGGACAGCGAAUUGAGCCUAGUGGACCAGGACCUCCUGCUACCUGAUGUGCCCUCGGAACUUGACCUUGUGCUUGACCCUGACGGAGACCUGGCUUACUACGGGAUGGGUGCAGUCGCUCUGGCGGUACUGUACAAUUACUGGGUGAUUAUUCUCCGCCUCGCCUUCGUCGAAAUGCGGGAGGAGGGUACUCAUCAGUUGGUCCUGUGUGAGCUGGAUCUGUUUUGUGACUUGGUGUACUUCCUGGAUGUGCUUGUACAACACCGAAUUGGUUAUCUCGAAGAGGGCAUGCUGGUCUUAGAUCCGUACAAGCUGUCCUCACACUACAGAAGCCAGCCGUGGUUUUGGAGGGACGUGGUCGCCAUCCUCCCACUACAAUCCGUCUGCAGUCUCAUUCUUAGAAUUGUUCCAUUUCAGACGUGGGGCCACCUGUCAGACAGUUCCUGUCUACUGCUUCGACUGUCUCGGCUGUUAAAACUCCACUCAUUGGCUCAGUUCUUUGACGUCACGGACAGCCGUAUCAGCAAUCCUAACAGACUUCGAGCAUUCAAGCUGACGAUGUACCUGGGUGUAGUGAUCCAUUGGGUGGGGUGCUUUUACUACAUGUUGUCCGAGUACGAAGGUCUUGGGACCAAUGAUUGGGUGUACUCCUCUGCGCCUGCAUUUAAAGAUUUUACGAGUAAGUACAUCCGCUGUAUGUACUGGUCCACCAUGACUCUGACGACCAUUGGGGGAGCUUCCAAUCCUGUCACCAACCUGGAGUACAUCUUCACGGGGGUGACAUUUCUUAUCGGAGUUUUCGUCUUCGCCGCUGUGGUCGGGAACGUGGGUGACGUCAUCAGCAACUUGAAUGCUGCCAGAACUGACUUCCAAAACAGGAUGGACUCAAUCAAGCUGUACAUGACGCACAGAAAAGUGCCAGAGGCUCUGCAAAGUCGUGUCAAGAGGUGGGCGGGCUACGCCUGGCACAGAACGCAGGCGCUGGAUGAGGUGUCUUUACUGGAGAUGUUACCGGAGCGACUUCGGGCGGAGAUAGCCAUACACGUACACCUGGAGACACUCAGGAAGGUGACGAUAUUUGAGGACUGUGAGCAGGGGUUACUGUGUGACCUGGUACUGAAGCUGCGUUCCCAGAUCUACUCACCUGGGGAUUACAUCUGCAGGACGGGAGAGACAGGCCGUGAAAUGUACAUAAUAAACCACGGCACGGUACAGAUCCUGGUCCCAGAGAACACUACAGGGGAGAGGAAGGUCGUGGCGACCUUGACCAAAGGAAACUCCUUCGGCGAAAUCAGUGUCUUGAAACUGGACGGUGGGGGCAACAAGCGAACUGCUGACGUCAUUUCUGUUGGGUACUCGGAACUGCUCGUGCUUUCCCGGAAAGACCUUUUAUCUGCUCUGGUCGAGUACCCGGAUGCUAAGAAGCUACUGGAAGCCCAGGCCAAAGAAAGACUUGGACAAAAUAAGGAAGCAAGAGGUGCGACGGAUGCGGACGGCUUCGAAGCGUCCCAGGGUAUGAACAAGAAAGCCCACAGAGGGGGGAGCACGAGCGGCAGUCCGGGCAAGGAACUGUCCGAGCUGAGAAGUAUCAUAGAGGAAUUACGUACUUUUGACAGUCAGGUUACACGAGAAAGGGUUCGAGGUCUGUCCGAAAAGUGUGACGACCUACAGCGGCAGCUGAGCAGACGACAGACAGAGCUGACCCGGGCGUUACGGCGGGUGUCUGUCCUGGAAAGUCUUCUGGACUCUGCUGGUUUACUGUCAUCCAUGCCUCAACUAAAUGGGGAGCUCACGAGUCCACUGCAGAGUGACGCUUCGGACCCCGAGCACCACAACCCUACGUUAGCCGUCCCUUCCCCGUAUACGCAUGAGCGGAGGAGACGGAGAAGCAGCGCGUCGUCCCCUGGGAGUCCGCGGCGAAGGAGACGCUCCCGGCGGAGAAGAAGGUUAGAGAUGCCCGCUAUCUGUGUGAACGGGGUGGAGAAGGAGGCCCCAGUUUCUGUGAAUGUGGAGAUGCCAAGUUCGGAGACGUCAGAGGGCUGCUGUGUUUCUGAGACGAGUGAGGCGGGGAGGCUGCGAGUAGACUCCACCACGGCUGAACUUUCAGGAAGUGCGACAGAUUGUAACACCACCGAGGGAAGCGACUUCGAUGGGCGAUAAAGAGAUAACUGCCCAUGUUUGAUCUUGAUGUGUCCAUUUGGCCAGAAUCUAUUUUUCGUUUCUUAAUCAAUCGUCCUUUGAACAGUUACUUACAUAAGUCCGUACCUUUAACGCCUGGAGCGUUACGUUGUUACAGUAUACCACCAGCUUGUUACAGUGCAAGUGGCAAAUAUGUCACACAAAGGAAUACAUGGCCAGGAUAUGUUCUGUACAGAUAUUCAUCCACAAGUACUAUUCUUUUGUUAUCAAAUCGUGUUGUAUUGUAUUGUAUUGUUUAGACAAAAGUACGUACAAAAUCCUGUCGUCUCUUAACACUAGCUACAAAAAGUAAUUGAGCUUUGUGACGUUUGUAAUUCUAAUGACGGUCUGACCACACCGGUUUUACAAUAGGGCAGUCCGUACCAAGUCUCGCUCCUUUCUGCCAGUAACUGGUAUGUAAAAACUAUGUGUAUGUAUCAUGACAUCCUGCUAUUAUUUUAUUAAAAGGGCCACGUGGUUUACUUCUGUCAUCACGAGUCAGUUGUGUUUAAAUCUGAAAACAUACAUGGACAUCCCCUUCUUUCCUCUAUUUGCUUCAGAAUCACCCCUCCUCAGUUUUAAGUGCAUCUCCGAAAA